ACCCGGAACAACAACAACGAACAGAAGUAUUUCAGGAUCAUUACUGUUAGUUUUGUUUUAGCAUUAUCUGCUCGACCGCAUGUGUUAGUCUGAACUACCGUUUCAAAUAUAACCUCGGUGCUUCUUAAAUAAACGGAUUCUUCAUGAGUUCCACUGCUUCUCUAACACACUUCAUAAAUGAUAAUGGACCUCUGAUCUUGGAUGGUGGACUAGCAACUGAACUGGAAGCACACGGAGCCAAACUGCAGGGAGAUCCUCUGUGGAGUGCCAGGCUGUUGCAGACUGAUCCUCAGGCCAUUAAAGAUGCUCACAACAGGUACUCCCUCAGCGGUGCUGAUGUCAUCACAACGGCUACAUACCAGGCGAGUAUCUCUGGAUUCAUCAAGUAUUUGGACGUCAGCUCUGAAGACGCCCGAGAGCUGAUGAUGUCUGGAGUUCAUCUGGCCAAAGAGACAGUGAACAGAUUUGACUCUGGUAUGGCACUACACACUCAGGCGACACACGUCUCUUGGUGGCUGGUUCUGUUUGGACCAUACGGCUUUCUGCACGACGGCUCAGAGUACACUGGCGCUUAUGCUGAGGAGAUGAGUGUUGAAGAGCUGAAACUUUGGCACCAACCGCAGGUCGAUUGCUUAGCAGCAGCAGGAGCUGAUGUCAUAGCUUUUGAGACAAUCCCAAGCAUCAAAGAGGCAGAGGCGUUGGUGGAGCUGCUGAGAGAGUUCCCAGACUGCAAAGCCUGGCUGUCCUUCUCCUGUAAGGAUGGGAAGUGUAUAUCAGACGGCAGCCUGUUCACCGACGCUGUGCAGGUCAGCAGCAGAUCCACACAGCUGCUGGCUGUGGGAGUGAACUGCUGUAAUCCAGCUGUGGUGGAGCCGCUGCUGGACUCUGCCAGGACGCUGCUGAGGCACAUGAGCUGGGUGGUUUAUCCCAACAGUGGAGAGGAGUGGGACACUAAGCGGGGGUGGCUGACAUCAGUAGCAAAAUCAGCGUGGACACCUGACCUCAGUCACACCUGGGUGAAGCAGGGAGCUGCUCUGAUUGGAGGAUGCUGCCGUAUUGGUCCUGCUCAAACAGCAGAGCUGAGGCGUGAGUUAAAAGGAAGCUGAGCAGCUCCAGCAACCAACCUCCACCAGUCAGAAAUCUUUGGCUCAGUUUUCUAUAAGGCCAGGAUGAAGAUGACCACUUACUGCUGACUUUAAAUUUCAGUGCUGCAAACAAAUAUCAUAAGAUGGAUGGAUGCUUUGUUUGUUAGUGAUUUAGUUUUUCACAGUGUAUGAAGAAGUGCUAUAAGGUGAAUCAAUGAAGAUGGCAGGAGAUCAAAUAAAUCAGCUUUCUUACUGCACAUUAUUUUUGCGACUAAACCAAACCUAUUUAUUUUUUAUUAAUUAUAAAUAAUAACAAGGGUAUUCCAUCUACAAUCACCAGGGGCCUUCUGCUUGACCAUUUGCAUUUUGCUUGAAACUUUAUUUAAAAUCAAACUACAGAUAUUUAAAUUUGCAUCUGAAAUUUAGUUAAUACAUCAGAUUCUUUAUAAGAUUAAAAAGUUAAUCAGGAAUUGCCAGUCGAUACACUUUCAGGACAUUAUUUCGCACACUGAAAUUUGAAUGUUGUGUUUGAACAACCACUAUUUUAGGAAUUACUUAAGAUAAAUGCCUGAAACUGAUCGUAUUUCUCAUUAUGCCAUUGAUCUCCAGAAUCUGCAACACUGGACAAAUAGAUCUAAUGGUCUGUCUGUGGGUGAGUUAAAAUAUGGGAAAAAAGUACAUGUCAAAAUGGGGUUAGAAAAUGAAAAAUAUAUACAAGUUUAACAAAACUGUUUAUUUCCCCCCAUUUUUGUGACCAAGUAUUCAUAGUUUUAGGUAUUUUCUAGGUUUAUUUUGUAUUAUUGUGUCAUGCACCUACAGACUGCAGAAAAUUCAGAUUUACUUCUGCAUUAUUAACUAUUUUAUUAAUAUGAGCUCAAAGAUUGAACUUUUCAAGAUGGCCUCAGUUUUUUUUCUUUUUUUCCACAUAUUUGGUCAUAAAUGUGAAACACUCACUCAGAAUUAGAUACCAUUGGAUGUACUUGUUUCUACACUAUCUACAAUAUUGCAGAUUCUGGACUAAUGACAUAUGAAGAAAUAACAGUAAAAACCUUAAGCUUUUAUCUUUAAUCAUAAGCUCAAAUUCCAAUGUGCAAAAAAAACACGCUGAAUGAAGGUCGACAGGCAAUUUGUAAAAAACUAAAAAAAAAAAAAAAUCUCGGAAAGUAUUUGAUGUAUUAGGCUGAAAUUUCACAGAUUCCAUUUGAAAUAUCUAUAGUUUAUGAUGAAAAAGCAAAUUAGAGAUGGUCUACCAGAAGGCCUCUGACGAUCUGAAGUUUAAUGACCCAAGAAUGAUUGUUAUAAAUAAAUAUAUAUGUUCCAUAAGUUUAUAAAAAUUGUAUUUUAUUGUAAAAGGAAUAAAUAAAUAAACCACUACAUCAAACCCACUUGAGUACACAACCACGUCUGCGCUGGUCAAAGACAAAUGGCACCACAAAGGGGCGAACAAAAGAACAACGUAUGUCUAUACAUAAACAUGAAAAUAAACCAUGCAGUCUUCACUUUC